UAGAUAACCUGACGAAUAACGAAAAUAUCUGGAGGAGUUUAGCCACCAUCUAAGCAAUGAGCUAUAAUUACUCAUAGAGGGAUCCGUCGCGUGUCAGACCCUCACGACGGUAGACUCUUAAAAUGGACUUUGGAUUACCAUGUUACUUUAAAAUAUGGCAUUUACAUAUUUACGGCCUUACAAUAUGACAUUUAGAGAGAUGUGUAAACAUUAUAAUGGCAGACAUAAAAUCAAAACAAUGAUUGAAGUGGAUGUCAAUAUUUCAACUUUUGUAAGCAGGUGCUCAGGCUGUGAUGUGAAAUUUAGCUAGAUCUUCGCUAAAGUUAUUGGAAAAUACAUUUAAAUUGGCGAAGACUUACCUGGGAGCUUGUAUUAAUUCCAGAUACUGGUUUGUAGAAUGGAAUUUUACAGCAUUGAGCACACAGAAGAUGACAUAGGUAAUAUACCAUUAGAUAUAUCUUUUGGUGAUUCUUUUGCCUCAGUAGACGACCAAGAAGACUCUUCGUAUACCAGAGUAAAGGUGCUUGGCCGAGGAGCAUUCGGAGAGGCUGUACUUUACAGGAAAACAACAACAAAUGAAUUGGUAGUUUGGAAAGAAAUCAACUUAGUAAGAGCAACAGAAAAUGAACGUAAUGGUGCUUUAAACGAAGUGGAAAUUCUAUCCCAGUUACAACAUGUUAACAUUGUUGCUUAUUUUAAUGACUUUUUUGAUGGCUCCUCCUUAUUUAUUGAAAUGGAAUAUGCUAAUGAUGGGUCUUUAUAUCAUAAAAUUGUUGCACAAGAUGGCAAAUCUUUUGAAGAAAUUGAAGUUUUGCAGUAUUUUUAUCAGCUUAUAUCUGCUGUUGAUUACAUUCAUGCAUUUGGCAUACUACACAGGGAUAUAAAAACUUUGAAUAUUUUUUUGACAAAAUCAAAAAUCAUUAAGUUAGGAGAUUUUGGCAUUUCCAAAGUUUUAGAAGAAACCUAUGGAAAUGCUGAAACAUGUGUUGGUACUCCCUAUUACAUGAGCCCUGAACUUGUCAAAGGGGAAUCCUAUAAUCAAAAGAGUGAUAUUUGGGCAUGUGGUUGUGUCUUAUUUGAAUUGCUGACAUUGAAUAAAGCAUUUCAAGCGAGUAACCACUUAAAACUGCUAGUAUCCAUACUUGAGAAAGAUCCUGGUGAUAUUAGUGAUAAAUACUCUAGCGAGAUUAGAACUCUUGUGACGGAAACGUUAAAAAAAGAGGCAUCGGAGCGACCAUUUGCAAAACAACUUAUGGCAUUAGAUGUUUUCAAAAAAGCGAAAGAAUUUGUGUUAAAUCAAACUAAAAUAGCCGCUCCUCUAAGAAGAAUAUCGUCACAGCGAUCCAUAACUCAACAGUCCACUUUUUUAAGUCCGACAGUGUCAACAUUAACCAGUGACGUUUUUUAUUGGGGUGGUGGAAAAGCUGUUCCUCAAAAGAUAGAACGUUUUAGUGAAGGGAGAUGCGGUAUGCAAGUUUCUGCAGGUUUUUCACAUUUUGCUGUUGUUACAAUCGAAAAAGAAUUGUAUACUUGGGCGAAUAUUCAAGGAGGCACCGAAAUAGUGGGACAGUUAGGUCAUGGUAACACAGCGAUGUAUCGCGCACCAAAGAAGGUUUCGUAUUUUGACGGAAUUGCAGUUAGCCAGGUUGCUUGCGGUGAAGACUUCACUGUGAUAUUAACAUUGAGUGGCGAGGUAUAUACUUGUGGAUCAAAUUAUUACGGUUGUUUGGGAGUGGGAGACACUAACGACGAUGCUCUAACUCCAGUGCGAAUUGAUUCGUUAGAUAAUAUCCCAAUCCAUAACAUUGCUUGUGGAGAUAGUCACGUUGUUGCGUUAACCAAGGAGAAAAAAAUAUACACUUGGGGGUGUGGAGAAUAUGGAAGACUUGGUUUGGGAAACGAAGAGGAUUUUUCUUCCCCUCAACUAGUUAAUUUGCCAGUGGGAUAUUCUGCUAUUGUAGCCAUAACAUGCGGACGCGAUAACACAUUCUUGCUCACCAUUAACGGUCACUUGCUGGCCUUUGGUAACAACGAACAUAACAAAAUGGCUCUAAACCAGACUGUGCAAUUUAAGCGCAAAGCGUUAACAGAGGAUAACAUCAUUCAUUUCACACAUACUCCAACACCUGUGAGAGCACUAAGAAGUUACAAGCUUGUCUCAAUCUCAUCCGGAAAAUCACACUCGGCAGCUAUUGAUGAGUUUGGUCGUUUGUUGACGUUUGGUAGCAAUAAAUACGGUCAGCUUGGUGUUAGAGAUAACAAACCAAGGGAUAACCCAUGUUUAGUACGAGGAGACCUAAAUGGCAAAAUUGUUAUGCUGUGCUCCUGCGGUGAUGGAUUUACAGUGGCUGCUACGAAAGAUAACCAGCUAUUUUCAUGGGGAUUAAGUGAUAAUGGAAGGUUGGGUAUUCAGUUAAAGGGCCGUAGUUACAGUUGUUCACCUAAACCUAUUUUUGGGUCGUUGCAUAAAGUUGCUAGUUUAUCAAGUCGUCAUUGGGCCACCAUCAUCCUGGCAGAACAAAUGCUUAGCUCCAAAGUAAUACACACUAAAAUGUUAAGUGUCAGCGAACAAUCCGGUAAAAAAGUUAUUGGUGAUCAUAAACCCAUUAGUGCAGAAGAUGCUAGCAGUUCUGGGAGUUUUAAAUUUAACGAAGAAUUGGACAACUACGAGAGUAAAGGAGAAAGCGCAGGUGUCGAGAAUAACCACAAAAGCGAUGGCGAGGAUACAUUACCCCCAUGGUUGGUUGACGAAAUGGAUAACGCAGAAUUUAUACCUAUGGGAUCUGAUGAGGACAAUAGCGAAGUGUUCGAAAACAUCAAUGCAAAUGCACCGUCUUUUCGCGAGACUUUUAGAAAAGUGAAGGAGUCUUCAAAAUCAUUUGAAUCUUGCGAAAAAUGUUUGAAGAAAGAUCCAAGCUAUUUAGAAGUAAGAGUUAAAGAGCUAGAGCUGGAAAACACUCGUCUUGAGAAGUUAGCGAAGGAACAAGAAGUUCUGAUAAAAUACCUACAAAAAGAACGAGAGUGUUAUGCGAAGUACACAAAUCAAAUGUUAGAGGUUAGCAAAGGUUCCUUACUGAAUAAUUCUGUCGAGUGAAAGUAAAACGCCAGGAUACAAAAGUGACGUAUACAUUAAAUCACCAAAAAAAAUAUUUUAUAAAAAAGCCUUGUCUUUUAUAAUAUAUGCAAAAAGAAAUUUUUAAUUAAUGAUUUUAACAAUAUACAUUUUUAACAUAAAUUUAGAUUUAAGGGGAGGUUUUUUAUGUCAUAUUUUUAAAGAAGAUAUCACAACAAAUUUAAAACCAUCGCCUUGUUGCGUGUUUCUUCGCUAUGUCGCGUGUUGCAGAGUUUUUUAAUUAAUAAAACAAAGUUCGCUUAAGUUUACUUUUUAAAUAUAAAAACAACAUUAAAAACACGCAUAGUGAUUUAUUUUGAGAACCCAAUCCUACUGUUUAUUUACUCAAACUUAAAAGGAAGAGCAGUACAGUUGACUUUCGAUAUUCCGAGCACUAGAUGAUAUUUUUCGACAGCUUAAAUGAGUUUCACUGCCCAUUAUUAAUAAUGUAUAAAAAAAAACUUUUUACGGUUUUUAUCUAUACAGUACUCUUUAGCGUUAAAUGGGACUCCGGAUAAGUUGAGCUUUUACUAAUUAGGACCAAAUUUCUCGAUCUAUUAGACUUCGUUAGCAAUUGCAUUAAAACAUACUUCGCGUAAGUGAGACAUCAAUGCAAUAGCUUUCCAGAAAACAGCAAAAAAAUAAAUUAAACUAAAUAAAUAAAUUCGAAUGAUAAAAAUCGAAUGAAGAAAAAACAAAAAAGCACUGCUGACCGGAGUUAAAAAUAAACUUUUGUUACUGUCUAAAAGUCAUGGAGUGUGAAGACGUUGGCAAAAAAAGAAGUAAUAAUCUUAAAACAAUUACUAAACAAUACAAGAUAUUGCGAGAAGUAUAAAAAGUCUCAAUAAGUGGGACAUUUUAAGUUUUUUCCUUUAAAAAAGUCCUAGUUAGGGAGAGAUUUGGUUAAGUGUGAGACAUUCGCUAAGUAGGACGAACUUUAAAGGUUCCAUUUAACGCCAGUGUACUGUAUUAUAUUUUUUUCUCAAUAAUCAUACAUAUUUUCGGCCAUAACGUUAUGAACGGUAAUACUGACAGCUGAAUGAUGGCAAAUCAACAAGUUGCUGAAAAUUGAUGAAAAAAUAUAAUGCAGAUAAAAUCAUAAAUUGAAGUUGUUGUUUUUGUAUUGCAAAUUUUAGUCAGUGCGAGGUUUUUUGACAUAAAUAUGUAGUUUUUACUUGAAAUUUACCAUAGUAGGUAAGCAGUAUUAUUUUAUUUUGUCUUAUUUUUAUUUUUAAAAGAUUAGUAUUUUAAAUUUUUUAGUUAAUGUAUAAUUUAAUAUUUUAGGAUAUAGAACUAUUAUUUCACAUCGAUUAACAUUUCAAGACUUAUACGAGCUUGAACAAAUAGCACGGAUUGUAAAAUGUUUCAAUCUAGUUUCUGUAACAGUAUAGCAUGUGUUUGUGUAUGGAAAAAGAUACACAUCUUUAUUUAAAAGAAACAUGAAAUUUGACUUGAGCCUGAUUGUUUCUUAAUAUUUUUAUUUCUUUAGUGUUCUUAAGUGUUUUUUUAAAUUUUUCUUAAAAUUAUUUAAUUUUUAAUUUCCCCAGGAAACGUUUUUGAGGUCUUUACUUCGUGCUUGGUGUUCACAUAAGAAGAAAUGGAAGUAAUUAAGGAAGAUUGGGAUCAAAAUAUUUUUUACAUCAUGAGCCAUUCAAUAAGAGCUAUGCAUAAGCUAUACUUAUACACGAACUUCGUUAGUCCUAAACUUCAAUCAAUUCUCACAAAGAUGUCUUCUUGUUUUUUUAGCCUACCAAUGUUUAUUAAAAAACGUGUAAUAUAAGUUUUCAACACUUUUAUUCGUUUAAUUUUUAAAUUUUAUUUAGAAAUUUUUUAUUUUGCGAGUUUGUAAUUCUUGCAUCAGCUUUUUGUGGUCUGAGAAUUACACUUUGUUUAUCAAUGGUGACGAUACUUGUAAAGAAAUAUUCAACUUUGUGAUACUUUUC